GCGACCGGUCAUCACCGUUGUUUGUGUUAUUUUACUACAAGUGAUUAAGACCUUUGUGAUAUUUUGAGGAUUAAAAUGUCGUCUGACGAAGCGGAUCAAAAGAAUGUCGAUGAGAUUUCCAAAGAAGUUGUCUCAUCCGCUGAGGAAAAUGAAGAAAAGGAGGAGGAAACCCCAAAAGAAGACAAAGUAAACAACAAAGCUGCAGCCAAGAAGAAAGGUGCCGAACCACCAAAAAUCAAACAGCCCCCAAAAAAGCGAGUGAAAUCUGACCAAGAAGAAAAAGAUACUAAAAAGAACAAUACAAAAGAAAGUAAGAAAAAGGCAGCUGAACAAGAAGAGGAAGAUGAAGAAGAGGAGGAUGAGGAGUCAGGAGAAGAAAAUGAUACAAAUCACAAGCCUGUACCCUUGUUGGACCAACCUCUGGAGAUAACAGGUAAACGGAGAAGUAAAGUAGUAGAAAGGUUUAAACCUAUCGAGCCUGAAGAGGAGAGUAAGGAGGUAAAGAUUCCUGAAGGCAAAGGAAAAGUUCUUGGAGAAAUCGAGAGGAUUGAAUUUAACAUUCAGAGAGCCAAGCCUGAAGAUUUGAAACUUCUUCACCGAUUAUGUUUUGGCAAACCAGGAAAAGCAGCAGCAGUGAAAAAAACUCUAAAGAAAUUCAACGGGUUUGAGUAUAAUGUGGACUCAGAAGAAUUCAAGAAAAAGAAGGAAUUUGUAGACAAAAGUUUCAAAAAAGUAACUGUUGUUCAUUUGAAGAAUGUUUGUAACAUUCUUGACAUCGAACGAAGUGGAUCUAAAGAUGAACUUAUUGAAAGAAUAUUAAAGUUCAUAACUUGCCCUGUGGAUUCUGGAAAGAAGUUACCGGGAGGGGGGAGGUCCAAACGAAAAGGAGCUUCUAAUAAGAACUACGAAGAAGGUGAGGAAUCACACAAAUCGAGAAAGAAAAGCACAAAGGCCAAGAAGAAAGAGGAUGAGUCUGAAGAGUCCGAGAAAGAAGACGAGGAUGAUGAAGAAGAGGAGGAGGAGAAAGAGAAAGAUUUAGUAGAGAAAAAAGACCAGAAGAAAAAGAUUGAAACAGACGAAGAGUCAGAUGAGGAAAAAGAGGAAGAAGAGGAGAAGCCGAAGAAAGGAGCAAAGAAAGGCAAGAAAGCAUUUGACACAGCGGACAAAAAAGCUCCACCGAAGAAACGAGCCGCAGCAAAGAAAGCAGCUGAAAAGAAGUCAGACAGCGAGGCGGAGGCAGACGGUGAUGAUGAUUCGGAAGACGACGAACCAUUAGCCAAAAAAUCAAAGGCUCCACCUACCGACGAAGAGAUCAAGACGUAUGUCAAGAGCCUGCUCGAAGGAGCGAACCUGGAGCUGAUCACGAUGAAGAAGGUGUGUCAAGAUGUGUACGCGCAUUAUCCAGACUUCGACCUCGCGCAUAAGAAGGACUUUAUCAAAACUACAGUCAAAAAUUUGAUUUCAUCAUAAAGAGACAGUGAAGAUGGUUUGUAAAUACAUCCAUUGGUGAGAAGUACUCUACUUAUUAUGAACUUUGAACCUUAUAAAGCACAGUGUCGUGUUUAUCAUUAAUGGAAAGUGUGCAGAAACAGUGUUUGGAACAAUUUUGUGGAAUCAGUUAAAACAUGAACUCAAGAGUUGUACCCUGCUCUCAUUAGGUUAAGCAAUAUUUUUGUAUUUUGUGUACAUAUAUAGUGUAGUAUAGGUAUCGCUUAGUUUUGUGUAGCAAGUUAAAAUUUUGCAAAAUGUUAACGUUUCUCAAAAAAAUUAUUUUAAAUUCCUGACUGAAAUUAACUAAGCCAUUUAGUUUUAAUUGAUACACAAGUUUUCCAAAAUGUUUUGUUUUAUAAUGUGACACUAGGUUUUAAGAUUUAAAAAAUGAAAAAUGUCAAGUAGAGUACCGGUACUUUCAUUCUUUUGUGAAGAUAUUAGAUUUCACAGUAUUUAUUUUCCUGGUGUGUGGCUUCAUUGCAGUUUAUUGGCAUGCAAGUAAAAAUUUUUGAAAAGAUUCAAGCAUUGUUUUUAAUUGAACUGACAAAUGCCUGUAGUUUUUGCACACACUUGUAAGACGAGCUAUUUUGAUGACAUUUCAAGUACAAUUUUCUCAGAGUUGUUUGUUUUUACUUUACAAUGUUUCGUUUGUCUAUUUUCCUAUGCUUAAACCCCCAAAGGUUUUAGAAAUUUCCUAAAUUUGAAGUUGUCUGUUGUUCGUUUAUAUUCUUUAUUAUAAUAUUAGUAUGAUCACUACUUUA